CACGACGCACUUAUUUGGGCAGGCAUUCCAGCAGGACUUGAUUGUUUACAUGUUCCCCCUUGUAUUAACUGAACAGAUACACGACUAACUCAAUAAUGUGGGUUAUUGGAACUAUUCAAAGGUCAGAGCGCAAGGAUUUUAUGGCUGUCGGUUAAAAUUCACAGUCGCAUUGUGAAUAGGUUUUGUUUUGUCGUCAUUUCCAGCUGGUCGUCAACCAUAAAUUGGCUAAAAAGGAGGUUUUAUCGAUCCCUCCUGAACGUUCCCGAUGCCGAGACAUCCCGGGUGUAGUUCUGCUAUUCACCGCAAAGUAAUCACAGCUAAGUCAUAUUUCUUCGUCUUUAGCGUCCAAAAGGGGAGCAGGGUGAGGAUUUAUGCCGUCCGAAAGUAGACUUGCGGUCCAACCCGAUCGGGACGUCGGGGCCGGUCUCUGACGGCGGCUAGCGGCUACUUAGCAGCCGAAAGUACAACGGAGGCCGCUGAAAAAGGGGGGGCGCGAUAUUUGGCGAAGAGUAGAUUGGAACUACAGACUGGUGCUGGUAGUGCAUUCAGACAAGCCACAAAAAAGGAAACCCAAACUGGAAAGUAGCAGGUGUGGCGGAAAGGACAGAUGUUUUUGACAAACUCAAAACAACAAAGGGGAGCCGCAAACAAAUGUUACUGACAUCCAUUUGUUGGCAUUGGAAUAGCAUUUGACACGAUCAAGUGUGGGAAACAACGGCCACCGCGUGCUGUCCGCUUCGGCGGAUGGAAGUUGGCUUCCGCUCUGCCCGACAUCGCUCUGUUGAUUUGCUCUGCGGUCUUGACGGCGAUCCAAUUUGUUUGCAGCUGCCUUUGAUUCUUUUGGGAGUUUAUAUACGGUAGGUCUACAACGUUCAUCUGGUUGACCUCUUUUGAAAGGGUUUUUGGAUUUCUUUUCAUUUCGCUGAAGAGGAACCUUGCCGACAGUUUGGGCGGUCACUCCGGCCCUCGUCAGAACUGUCGCCGCUUCCCGGUGUGACGAGUCUUGUAAAACAACUGAUCGGGUCGGGGAAAAGGGGGGCACAAGCCAGUACAAACUCUGUUUAUUGAUUCAACGGCUCUAUGUAUAAAUGGCAGUUUUGGUUUUUAAAAGGCUUCUAGAGGUGUCGAGAAUAUAUAUAUUUUUUCAAUCUUUGCGCUCUGACCUUUAAAACACGUUGUGAGUACUCUGUGAAAAGUGUCAAAAAACAAACACAUGCACACAAACAGGAAGACCUAAGUGGUCAUGGUAAGAAAGUCCGAUGCACCUCACGACGUGCGCGGGUGUGUAUGCGUGCGCACGCAGACGGAGAUCAUCGGCAGGUGGGGCUACCCGGCAGAGGAGCACGAGGUUCUGACGGAGGACGGCUACGUCCUGAUGGUCAACAGAAUCCCCUCAGGACGCGAGUGCAAGAAAACGGCGCAGGUCUCCGAGGCGCAGUUUUCCUCCAGCACGGCCUCCUGGCAGCCGGCAGCAACUGGAUCACCAACCCGCCGGCUUCCGGCCUGGGCUACGCGUUGGCCGACGCCGGCUAUGACGUUUGGCUCGGGAACAGCCGAGGGAACACCUGGUCCAGGAAACACCGCGCCUUCACCCCAGACGACGUAGACUUCUGGAAGUUCAGUCACGACGAAAUGGCCCUUUUCGAUCUUCCCGCUGUUGUGGACUACAUCCUGAAGGUGACGGGACAAGACCAGAUAGUUUACAUCGGACACUCGCAGGGGACCACCAUUGGAUUCAUGGCGUUCUCCAGGCUUCCGCACGUGGCCGCCAAGAUCAAAUUGUUUGUGGCGUUGGCUCCGGUGGCCACGGUGGCUUUCACCAGCAGCCCCAUGUCAAAACUCGCCAUCCUGCCCGACUUCCUGGUUUGGGACCUGUUCGGGAGGCGGGACUUCCUGCCUCAGAGUCACAUGAUCGAGUGGUUCGCCGAGCACGUUUGCGGCAAACAUCUGCUCAGCGAGCUGUGCGGAAAUCUUUUCUUCGUCCUGUGCGGCUUUGACGAGCUCAACCUCAACAUGUCUCGCACGCCCGUCUACACCACGCACUGUCCUGCCGGCACGUCGGUCCAGAACAUGCUCCACUGGGCCCAGGCGGUCGGUAGCGGGAAGCUGUCGGCGUUCGACUUCGGCACGGAGGGAAACAUGAAACGUUACAACCAGACCACGCCCCCCCAGUACCGCGUCCAGGACAUGAAGGUUCCCACCGCCGUCUUCUCGGGGGGGCACGACACGCUGGCCGACCCCAAAGACGUCGCUCUGCUCCUCACGCAGGUGUCCAAUGUUGUGUUCCACCAGCACAUUCCCCACUGGGACCACCUGGACUUCAUUUGGGGUCUGGACGCCCCCCAGCUGAUGUUUCCCGCCAUCCUCAAGCUGCUGCAGCGGGAACACUAGGGGGCGCCGCUCGCUCGCCGCACGACACCUGAUCGAGUCGUCUCGCGGCAAAAUCCAAGUUGACGUCUGCUGCAAAUGUUUUUCAUUUUCACAUCAAUCAUUUGUUUCCAUGUUUUUAUUUGCCGCUCGUUUGGAGGAGAAAAUGUUUCCCGCUUGUGUUAUUAGCGUCAUGACACUAAGUGUAGCUAGCCUUUUGUGUGUGACCUUUUACAUCGGCUAUUGAUUCAAUAAAAGGAAAAUGAAUA